AUGAACGCUCGCAGAGGGGGAGUCGAUGACCUCACCCAGAGUCCUUGGAACGCCGCCGCAUCGAAUGGCCAUUAUGACGCUGUGAUACAGCACUUGCAGAACAAUAUAACCCUAGCCUAUGUCUUAGUGACUGCAAUAUCAGUUUAUUUUAUACUGAACUAUUUUAGUUCUGGUCCAGCUUCAUUAACCCGCAUCCUGUGGGACAUCAUUGUCUACUUAACACCCUCUAGAGUAGUCGCCGCUCUAGACUCGCAAGCGACGAAACUAAAUUCGACGAACGCCCUUCCGAAGACAUUCGCAGCCAAAAGUGAAGCUAUGCAACGAGUACUUAGCUUAGACGACUCUUUUCUGUCCUCCAUUCUUCAUCGGUCGACAACGCUUUCGGACCUUGGUACUGCCCUUUUGGGAAGUAGGGAUAGUUUACCUCCGGGGUUGGGGAACUGGGACAAUUCAUGCUAUCAGAAUAGCAUAAUUCAGGGACUGGCUUCUCUUGGGUCACUCGAUAAGUUCCUGGAGCGCAACAUUGAUGUGCUGGGCGAGAAAGGGUUGUUUUCGACACACCAAGCUCUCAAAGAAAUCAUCGGUCUACUGAACAGUGCUGCUAAUUAUGGCCAACGGUUAUGGACACCACCGGGACUAAAAUCGAUGAGUAGUUGGCAGCAGCAAGAUGCGCAGGAAUACUUCUCAAAAGUUGUAGAUCAAGUUGACUACGAGGUGCAGCAAGCAACGAGACGACAGACCCGGAACUUGGGCCUAAAGAUGGCAGGCCCACGCGAACAUGUUAUCGGAUCUAGCUCUACUGAUGAUGUACUCAGGGAUCCGGCUACUGUGAAUCAAUCCCUCGAACCACCGUCCUUCCGUAACCCACUUGAAGGCCUUCUUGCACAGAGAGUUGGCUGCAUGAAAUGUGGUUGGACAGAAGGUCUCUCUCUUAUUCCAUUUAACUGCCUUACAGUUCCUCUUGGUUCGAGAUUCCAGUAUGAUGUUCGUGAUUGUCUGCAUGAUUACAUGAAUUUGGAGCCUAUUGAAGGGGUAGAAUGUGCCAAGUGCACGUUGUUACAUGCACAAAAUCAACUCCAGAACUUACUCCAACAGAUUGAAGAUGAUAAAGGGCUUGGCAACCUACCGGAAUCACCCAAGUUAUCAGACGCACUCAGAACCUCAGCGCGAGAGCGGUUGAAAGCUGUACAGGAGGCACUUGAAGAACAGGAUUUCACGGAGAAAACAUUGGCCAAGAAGUGCCACAUACCUGCAAAGAACCGCGUGUCUUCGACAAAAUCAAGGCAGGCCAUUAUUGCAAGGUCACCAAAGUGCCUUGUAAUCCAUGUAAACCGAAGUGUAUUUGACGAGAGCACGGGCAUGCUUAGGAAAAAUUACGCCGCAGUCCGAUUCCCAAAACUUCUGGACUUGAAUAGGUGGUGUUUAGGAGGAGGACGGGAAGGUUAUAUUGAGAAGCGCAUCGAAAAAUGGGAUAUAGACCCCCGAGAGUCGAUGCUUCCGCAUCUCGACAAUGCUACCGAUGAUUCUGAUCGACAUUAUGAAUUGCGGGCAGUCAUUACGCAUUAUGGCCGCCAUGAAAAUGGGCAUUAUAUUUGCUAUAGGAAAUACUCAUGUGAGACAUUCCCAGCCAACGUUCCGGAGUCAGUCAUAGAAGCAGAUGGAGACAAAGAGAAGUCCGAGCGUUGGUAUCGGUUAAGCGAUGAGGAUGUCCAGAUGGUUAGCGAGUCCACUGUUAUGGAUCAGGGCGGGGUCUUCAUGCUGUUUUAUGAAGUCACUGAGCCAUACUCAUCAACCGGAGUGGAAGACUCGGAUGCUACAGGAUCGGAAAAUUUGGAAAAUUUGGAAAAUUCAACCUCGAGCCCAGAAGAUAUGUCCACCAGGUCUACAGCAACCGAGGGCUCCAUCUCUGGCACGUCACGAGCGACAAGUGUAUCUGCAUCGGAGAAGGUUGAACAGCCUAUUGAGAAAUUACCUCCGUUUUCAGAUAUUGAAUGA